AGAGAGUCUGGGUACAGGGGUGUCUUAUAGCCAUCCCAGCAGCCCACAGAGGCAGUUGGAACUGAGCCUGGAGGAUGAGGAAGGCUGGGCUCCUGGGGCUACUUUGGAUGUUCCUUGUCUCAGAAGUCCAGGCUGCCAUUGAGCCAGCUGAAGAAAGGUAUGACCUAGUUGAGGGGCAGACCUUGACGGUGGGCUGUCCCUUCAACAUCAUGAAGUACGGCAGCAGCAGGAAGGCUUGGCAGAAGCUGCCGGAUGGAAAGGAGCCUUUGACACUGGUGGUCACAGAGAGGUCGUCUACAGCCAGUGAAGUCCGCACGGGGAAGUACACACUGAAAGAUGACCCUGAUGAGGCCAUGUUACAUGUCCAAAUGGAUGACCUUCGAGUGACAGACUCUGGAUUGUACCGCUGUGUCAUUUACCGUCCUCCUAACGACCCCGUUCUGCUCUUCCAUCCUGUCCGCCUGGUGGUGACCAAGGGUUCUUCAAGCCUGCUCACCUCUGACACCAUUCCUACUACAAGCCCCACCGAAGUUCCCGGCCCCUUUACCACAAAACCCAUGCGCAGAGACAUGACUGUGGCCAAACCAACGCAACCCUUACCUAAGUCCACAGCUGUUAUCUCUUCUCCUGACCCUGGAGUCACCUUCAAAAAUGCAACAGAUGUUACCAGGGUGUCCAUAUCCAGCAUCGUUGUUCCCGUGGUCUGUGGACUCUUCAGUAAGACCCUGAUCUUCACAAUCUUGUUUGCUGUCACUCAGAGGUCAUUUGGAUGACAAACCAUGGUGCCACACGACAGUGACCUCUGACUUUCAGCCAUGUCUGUCUCAGAGGAAGAACUUGGGGUGGGGGACUAAGGAGGGACUGUGACAUGAACUGAACCUGUGAUCAUGGGUGACAUCUAGGACUCACAGUGUCCCCCUGCUGGGCCUGCCCACUCUCCUCAGUCCAUCCAUCAUCUUGGGCGUGUGUUGUGCACCCUCAGAAGACGGGAAACUGGCCAGCACCCUGUGGCCAUUGCACCUGAAUAGACGUUGUCCUGAAAUAAAGACAGAGCCCAGUGCUCCUCUGUAGUACUGUGCACCUGAGGCUCUGACCACGCCCAAAUGGGCGUGGUCACUGGUGCAUAAGGGAGGGGAGGAUUUAGGCUGUUUCAGAGAGGUGUGUGCUCUCUUGCUGCUGGUCCCGGGAUACAGCCUGCGAGAAUCCACCUGCCUGCCUCUUGUGUAAGUGUAAUCUCUCCAAAUAAACCUCCUCUAACAUGUA